GUGCAUAGGUCAGGUUGGUGGGAUCGAAGGCUCGCUGCAGCAGGGGUGUCUGGGGGAGGUUCUGCAGUGGCAGCAGGACUAGAAAAGAUUUCCUGAGUGAGCUUGUAUUGCUCAGACUGCCCUCACUAUUCUGUGUAAAAAUACUGCUUCCAGUUCAUGUUUUCAUGUUUAAAAGGACUUGAGGAAGUGAGGCAAAUCAAUGACAGUAAUGAAAACAAAAUAAAUGAUUAAAAGGAAAAAUAAGUUGGAUUCAUGAAACAGAUUCAAGGAGUUAGGACUGCUUAGGAGGAAAAAAAAAGACCUGAUUUAAAAUAAUACUUAAAAAUUGGAUUGUUUGCUGAGGGAUAUAAAGACUAUAUUAAAAUUAGUUAUUAUUUUCCAAGCAUUGUGUGCACAUGGUACAGUGAAAACCUGUCUCCCUCUCAUUCUUCUUGUCUAGCUGUGUUUUCUCUCGGAGAUCGCAUGCCGUCCUUCUCUGCAUAUUCUGCACGUGUUAGCCAUGUGUGUUUCCCCUUCCUGUUUUAAAAUGUGAAUGGGAACAAAUCAUAUAUACUGUUCUACACCUUUACCUCUCUCUUCUUUGCCUUAAUGGUCGGCCUUAGGGUUUGUUUCAUAUCAUGACCAAUAGGGCUGCCUUGUGUUUCUCAUUUACCCAACUGUAUAGCACUCCCUUUGAUGGGUAUUCCAUAAUUUGGUUAUCCAGUUUUCUGUUAAUGAGCAAGUUAGAUUGUUUUUGCUAUUCUAUUUUGCUGUUAUAAAGUUGACUGCCAUGAAUAUUUCAGUUCAGUUCUUAUUUCCACCUGUGAAAAUAAGGCAAUUUCCUAGAAAGGGAAUUGCUGGGCCAAAAGAUGAAUAUCUGACAUGUCGGUGGUUGGUAACAACAUGGCUGUUUUCUAAGUAACAGUUGUCGUUGCCAGUGUUACAGAUGCUAUACUUUUCACUCAUUUCCCAGCAGGUCAUUGUAUUGCUCCUGUGGGCAUCUGCAGUUUAAAUGAUGUGUAAAAGUGUCGCAUGCCUUUAUUUGAUGUAAUAGUCAAUGUUUUUUAACUUACGGUAUUUAUUCAUUUUUCUUUAAAAGGCUAUGGACAAGCCCAACUGUUAUGUCCCAUUUUGGAUACCUGAGCAAGGUGUAUCUGGCAGUUAUUACUGAGGGGAAGGAAAGAUGGAUGUAAUAUUAGAAGGCCUGCAGGUCCCUACGGCAGGCUUACCUUCUCUCUGAAUUGUGAUCCUUUUUAACUGUGAGGUCUGUAAGUGUGUCUCUCAUUGUGGUUGGCCCAGGAGACUUUUACAUAAAAUGUUAUCCUUUCUACUUUUUUGUUUACCUUUCUUAAGUCUGAAAUAGCAAAAUAAGAGCAUCCUGCACUUUGAAAAUGUCUAUUUUUAACUUAUUAACUGGAAACUUUGAGAAGACUAAAUAAAUUAGGGAAAAACCACCUUCAUUUGGGUUUUGCGUUUGGUUAUGUAGGUCACAGAGCCUGAGGCAGUGGGAGGGACUCUAGUGUCACAGGUGCAGCACUCAGAGGCGGUGAGUGUGCAAUAUGUGAUUUCCUGUCUUUACCCCAACUGUAAUUAAGCGAGCACGUAAUAGACUGUGGCCCGGCAUGAUCACAUAUCACUGUGUAUCAGCCACACACCUGAGUGUACAUAAACAGAGCUGAACAACUUGAACAUUGGUGGUGUUCUUUAUCCAUGCCUUGAGGUUUACAUUUUUCGAAUACAAGAUGGAGACUGAAAGUGAGAGUAGCACUUCAGGAGAUGAUAGUGUCUUCUGGUUGGAUUCUGAAAUUCUAACUCAGGUGUCUGGAAGUGAAGAGGGAGAAAGGGAAGACAACUUCAGGAAGAUGAAGUCCUCAGUACAUUCUGAAGAGGAUGAUUUUGUUCCAGAACUACAUAGAAAUGUUCACCCUCGGGAGCGGCCUGAUUGGGAAGAAACACUUAGCACAAUGGCAAGAGGAGCAGAUGUCCCAGAGAUUCCUGGAGAUCUUGGUCUUAAGACAUGUGGCAGCACAGCCAGUAUGAAGGUUAAACAGGUGAAAAAACCCACCAAUCCAGGACUGAUGGGCUGCGACAACAUUCACAGGUUACCCUUCACUAAAGGUCACUUUCCGAAGAUGGCUGAAUGUGCACAUUUCCAUUAUGAGAACGUUGAGUUUGGCAGCAUACAGCUUUCGCUUUCAGAAGAACAGAAUGAAGUAACGAAAAACGGCUGUGAAUCUAAAGAGCUGGUCUACCUCGUGCACAUUGCUUGUCAGGGUAAAAGUUGGAUUGUUAAAAGAAGUUAUGAAGAUUUUCGGGUACUUGAUAAACAUCUUCAUUUAUGUAUUUAUGACCGACGAUUCUCCCAACUCUCAGAGCUUCCCCGUUCUGAUGCUCUGAAGGAUAGUCCAGAGUCCAUCACUCAGAUGCUUAUGGCUUACCUCUCCCGCCUUUCAGCUAUUGCUGGCAACAAGAUCAAUUGUGGACCUGCCCUUACUUGGAUGGAGAUUGAUAAUAAGGGAAAUCAUCUUCUAGUUCAUGAGGAAUCAUCCAUUAACACUCCUGCUGUUGGUGCUGCCCACGUUAUCAAGAGGUACACUGCUCGGGCCCCUGAUGAAUUGACUUUAGAGGUGGGAGACAUUGUUUCUGUUAUUGACAUGCCCCCGAAAGUGUUAAGCACAUGGUGGAGAGGCAAGCAUGGAUUUCAGGUGGGUCUCUUUCCUGGACACUGCGUGGAGUUAAUUAAUCAGAAAGUCCCCCAGUCAGUGACCAACUCAGUGCCAAAACCAGUGUCCAAAAAGCACGGGAAGCUCAUCACUUUCCUGCGCACAUUCAUGAAGUCUCGUCCCACAAAACAGAAGCUGAAGCAGCGGGGGAUCUUGAAAGAGAGGGUGUUUGGUUGUGACCUGGGGGAGCACCUUCUGAAUUCUGGUUUUGAAGUCCCCCAGGUUCUUCAAAGCUGUACAGCAUUCAUUGAGAGAUAUGGCAUUGUGGAUGGAAUAUAUCGUCUCUCUGGCGUUGCCUCUAAUAUCCAGAGACUACGCCAUGAAUUUGACUCUGAACAUGUCCCCGACCUGACUAAAGAACCUUAUGUUCAAGACAUCCAUUCCGUGGGCUCCCUCUGUAAGCUGUAUUUUCGAGAGCUCCCAAACCCUCUGCUCACCUACCAGCUGUAUGAGAAAUUUUCUGAUGCUGUUUCAGCAGCAACAGAUGAAGAAAGGCUGAUCAAAAUUCAUGACGUCAUCCAACAACUGCCCCCUCCUCACUACAGAACGCUGGAGUUCCUGAUGAGACACUUGUCUCUUCUAGCUGACUAUUGUUCCAUCACAAAUAUGCAUGCAAAAAACCUAGCAAUUGUUUGGGCUCCAAACCUGCUAAGAUCGAAACAGAUAGAAUCUGCCUGCUUCAGUGGGACAGCAGCUUUUAUGGAAGUGAGAAUUCAGUCUGUGGUGGUUGAAUUCAUCCUGAAUCACGUAGACGUCCUCUUCAGUGGGAAAAUCAGUGCUGUCAUUCAGGAUGGAGCAGCUUCUCUGUCGAGACCCAAGUCCCUGCUGGUUUCCUCUCCAUCCACCAAGCUGCUGACAUUGGAGGAAGCCCAGGCACGAACGCAAGCUCAGGUCACUUCUCCAAUUGUGACUGAAAAUAAAUAUAUUGAAGUAGGAGAAGGACCCGCUGCGCUUCAGGGAAAGUUUCAUACCAUAAUUGAGUUUCCACUUGAAAGGAGGAGGCCUCAAAAUAAAAUGAAAAAAUCUCCCGUGGGCAGCUGGCGUUCCUUUUUCAACUUGGGGAAAUCAUCAUCUGUUUCUAAGCGGAAGUUGCAGCGGAAUGAGAGUGAGCCUUCUGAGAUGAAAGCCAUGGCUCUGAAAGGUGGCAGGGCGGAAGGAACCCUCCGUUCAGCUAAGAGUGAAGAAUCUCUUACUUCUCUCCAUGCAGUCGAUGGCGAUUCCAAGCUGUUCCGACCCCGAAGACCCAGAUCUAGCAGUGAUGCACUGAGUGCCUCUUUUAAUGGAGAAAUGCUGGGGAACCGCUGUAAUUCCUAUGAUAAUCUGCCCCAUGACAAUGAAAGUGAGGAGGAAGUAGGGCUGCUCCAUAUUCCAGCUCUUAUGUCUCCUCACGCAGCUGAAGAUGUUGACUUGAGCCCACCAGACAUUGGAGUAGCCAGCCUGGAUUUUGAUCCCAUGUCAUUUCAGUGUAGUCCCCCUAAGGCUGAAUCAGAAUGUCUGGAGAGCGGUGCCUCCUUUUUAGAUUCAUUAGGAUACUCCAAGGAUAAACCAAGUACCAAUAAAAAGGAUACAGAAGCAGGUGGUAGCCAGUCGCAGACUCCAGGAAGCACGGCAAGUUCUGAAGCCGUCUCUCCUCUGCAGGAGAAACUGAGUCCAUUCUUUACCCUGGACUUGAGCCCAACUGAAGAGAAGUCAUCCAAGCCAUCCUCAUUCACUGAAAAGGUUGUCUAUGCUUUCUCUCCAAAGAUUGGACGGAAACUAAGCAAAUCGCCUUCAAUGAACAUAUCUGAGCCAAUUUCAGUGACUCUUCCCACUCGGGUAUCUGAAGUCAUUGGUACGGUUUCAAAUACAGCAGCUCCGAAUGCGUCUUCUCCAACUUGGAACAAAAGCAUUGAAGAAAGUGAUGUCAUAAAUAGAUCCCCCACCCAGGUAGUAAAGAUGAAAACAAAAGAGAGAGAGUCCCAAGAAGGAUGUGAGUCUGAAGUCCAGCCCCUAGACCAGGUGGCUGCUGCAGAAGUAGAGUCACCAGGGAAAGAGGAACAGGCCGUCUUAAGCAGUCAGAGUAAGGCUGUACCUUCUGGACAGACUCAGACAGGAGCAGUUACCCAUGACCCCCCUCAGGAUUCCGUUCCCGUCAGUUCAGUCUCUCUUAUCCCACCACCACCGCCUCCGAAAAAUGUGGCCCGCCUGUUGGCGCUAGCACUGGCUGAGUCUGCACAGCAAGCUUCAACUCAGUCAUUGAAGAGACCAGGGCCUGCCCAGGCUGCUUAUACGAAUUACGGAGACCUAGCAGUGGCUGCAAAUGAAGAUAAACUGCCUAGUUCCUACUCUAACAUCACUCUAGAUAAAGCCUAUUACCAAACUGAUAGGCCAGCAGAGGAAUCCCGCCUCCAGAACGAGGUUUCUGGGAACUGUGGCCAGCCUGUAGCAGACACAGCAGUUGGGAAUCACGCUCAUUCCAGUGCAACUGAAUCCGGAGAGCAGCUCCACCAGGCAGACUUACCAGGGAAUCAUCCACAUCAAACCUAUUUAUCUGGGGACCCAGAAAAGGCCAGAAUCCCAUCAGUUCCCUUAACAGACUCUAAGUCUGAUGAUCACAUAAGCUUCUCUGAAGACCAUUCUGGGAAGACCAGUAUGCCAACUGUCUCCUUUAUGGAUCAGGACCAGCCUCAGCUUCAUUUCUAUAGCGGAGAUCAGCCUCCUUAUCUUGGUGCCAGUGUAGAUAAACCCCUUCACCCUUCAGAACUUGCAGACAAAUCUCCCACACCUUCUAGUUUGCCGAAGGACAAAAUCUACCCUCCUUCUGGGUCCCCUGAAGACAAUACCAGCACAGCCACCAUGGCUUACCUGACAACCGCUCCGGCGGUGGCGGCUGAGAUAAGCACCAGGGAAGCCAGCUGGGAUGUGGUCCAGCAACCCACCGCAGCUGAUUUUGCUGCCGCCACCCUCCAGCGUCCGCACAGAACUAGCCGCCCCCUUCCCCCCCCUCCCUCCCAGAGGCCAGCGGAGCAGCUGCCCGUCACGGGGCAGGUACAAGCAGCGGCCAGCACAGGAUUAAAUAAUUCCCACAAGGUUCAAGCAGUUCCAGCUCCAGAGAGACCACCUGAACCCAGAGCCACCGAUGACCCCGCACAUGUCCUGGUCGGUGAUGGCAGCACAGCCGUUCAGUGUCCCAUGUCUGCUCCUGCUCUCCAGCCGGGCCUUCCUGACAAGGUGCGGGAAGGUGCCAGGGCCCCGCCACUGCACCUGCGCGCCGAGUCUGUCCCCGUGUACUCGUCCUGUGGCUUUACCGCACCGGUGCCCCCCACCAGGACGCUGGAGAGUAAAAUGGCCGCUGCCAUCCACUCCAAUAGUGCAGAUCCUGCCAGCAGCGCCAGCUAUCACCCCUUUGUCACUGCUUCCUCAGCUCCUGUGGACGAUGUUCUGCCUUUACCACUUCCUGUCCCACAACCUAAGCAUGCUUCUCAGAAGACGACUUAUUCCGCCUUCGCGAGGCCUGAUGUCACCACUGAACCCUUUGGUCCAGAAAACUGUCUGCAUUUCAGUAUGAUCCCCAACUGCCAGUACCGUCCCCAGAGCGUACCUCCACACCACAAUAAAUUGGAGCAGCACCAGGUGUAUGGUGCCAGAUCAGAGCCACCAGCCUCCAUGGGACCUCGUUACAACACAUAUGUGGCCCCAGGAAGAAACGCGUCUGGACAUCACUCCAAGCCAUGCGGCCGAGUUGAGUAUGUAUCUUCUUUGGGCUCCUCCGUUAGGAGUAGUUGUUACCCUGAAGAUAUUCCUCCGUACCCUACCAUCCGGAGGGUACAGUCUCUCCAUGCCCCUCCAUCUUCCAUGAUUCGCUCGGUUCCCAUUUCACGGACGGAAGUUCCCCCAGACGAUGAAGCAGCCUAUUGCCCAAGACCCCUGUACCAGUAUAAGCCAUAUCAGUCCUCCCAGGCCCGCUCAGAUUAUCACGUCACUCAGCUUCAGCCUUACUUUGAGAAUGGCCGGGUCCACUACCGGUAUAGCCCAUACUCCAGUUCUUCUAGCUCCUAUUACAGUCCAGAAGGAGCCCUGUGUGAUGUGGACGCCUACAGCACAGUACAGCUGAGGCCCCUUCACCGCCUACCCAAUCGCGAUUUUGCCUUCUACAAUCCGAGGCUGCAAGGAAAGAACUUCUACAGUUACGCUGGUUUGCUCCCACGUCCCCGGGCCAACAUGACCGGCUAUUUCUCUGGUAAUGACCAUAAUGUAGUCAACAUGCCUCCAACUGCUGAGGUAAAGCACACUUACACCUCAUGGGAUCUUGAGGACAUGGAAAAAUACCGCAUGCAGUCUAUCCGGAGAGAGAGCCGCGCUCGGCAGAAGGUGAAAGGGCCUGUCAUGUCCCAGUAUGAUAACAUGACCCCGGCCGUGCAGGAUGACCUGGGUGGGAUCUAUGUCAUCCACCUGCGUAGUAAAUCAGAUCCUGGGAAAACUGGACUUCUCUCAGUGGCAGAGGGCAAGGAGGGGCGGCACGCAGCCAAGGCCGUCAGUCCCGAGGGAGAGGAGCGCUUCUACAGGAAGCAUCCAGAGCCAGAGUUUGAUAGAGCCCACCACCACGGAGGAUAUGGCAACGGACAGUCGGAGAAACCAUCCCUCCCUCAGAAGCAGAGUAGCCUCAGGAACAGGAAGCUUCACGACAUGGGUUGUAGUCUCCCUGAGCACAGGGCACAUCAGGAAGCAAGCCAUAGGCAGUUAUGUGAAUCAAAAAAUGGGCCACCUUACCCCCAAGGGGCUGGCCAGUUAGAUUAUGGGCCCAAAGGGAUUCCAGACACUUCUGAGCCAGUCAGCUACCAUAACUCUGGAGGGACAUACAUGACAUCGGGGCAGGAGUCUCUGAGACUGAACCACAAAGAGGUGAGGCUCUCCAAAGAGCUGGAGAGGCCUCGGGCUAGGCAGCCUCCCGCCCCAGAGAAACACUCCAGAGACUGCUACAAAGAGGAGGAACACCUGGGCCAGUCAGUAGUCCCACCCCCGAAACCAGAGCGGAGUCAUAGCCUGAAGCUCCACCAUACUCAGCAUUCGGAGAGGGACCCCACUGUGCUGUACCAAUACCAAACACACGGCAAGCGCCAGGGCGGUAUGACUGUUGUGUCCCAGUAUGACAACCUGGAGGGUUACCACUCCCCACCCCAGCACCAGCGAGGAGGCUUUGCAGGAGGAGCGAUGGGGACCUAUGUGCCCUCUGGCUUCCCCCACCCACAAAACAGGACAUAUGCUACCGCUCUGGGUCAGGGGGCCUUCCUGCCCACAGAGUUGUCCUUGCAGCACCCCGAAACACAGAUCCAUGCAGAAUGAGCCCCGGAGCAAUAGAGUUGAAGCAGCCUCUGCUGGACAGUGGACUGUUCUAUUUUUUUCAGUAACCAAAAAGAUUAAAAAAAAAAAAAAAAGCUACAAUUCCCCCCACCACAUUAAAAACAACAACAAAAAAGAAAAAUUACCAUUUUUCCCCCUUUCCUGCUUCAUCACCACCUCUUCCAUCUAUAGACUGAUUUUUGUCAUUAAAAGAAAUCUGAAUGAUUGUAAAGCACUGUGUUGAAAACCUAGUGAAGAAAUUUGUCACAGACCAUACUUGCCAUAUGGGGCUAAUUUUGUAAGAGCCUGAGGACUGCCUUUCACCGAAUUUGAAUUUAACUUUGUCCUUCUUAGUGUUUGCUAUAUAGCGCAGAGCAGUUUCUGUCUAUUUCCUGGUAGGCUUUUGCAUUUUCUGUGGCAUUCCUCCGUACUUUUUCAGUAGCCAUGCAGGUGCCCAGACUGACACUCAGUUACCCUCACUUCCUUCUCCCUGACUUGGAAGGGUCUGGUGUGUUAAAUUCGAACAGAGAAAAACUUCUCCCCGAUCCUUCAGAUGAUUCUGUCAGAAAAUUAGCACUAGCACAUUAUAAUUACAAAAAACAAUAAAGGAAUUAAGACUUGAAGCAUUUAAGAAAGAGUCAUCAUAAAAUGUCAGGCCAUUUAGACCCAAGCUGAACCACGUCCUUUUCAUCCUUCUCAGAGUUGUUCCGUGCAGUUCGGCGAGCAGGCUGAUGUCCACUGCAGAAGGGAUUCUAAAGUGAGAAGAAGCUUCGUAGGCAGAACUCAGUGAACUUUGUUAGCACCACAGAACCCCAUCAGUGCUUCUGAUGUGUUGCCUGCCUUCAGUAAUUUUUUUUCUCUCAAUAAUAUUUGAUAAAUUGUAAUCCUAGUAAAACAUCUCACACCAUUUGUUCUCCAAAGCCACUCCCCCCCCACCGCCCCCCACCAUUGGGAGAAAAAAAAACAAACCCAGCAUGACUUGACUGGUGGAUAAAUACACAUCGUUUAUCAUGAUUACAAAUUUACAUGUUAAUUUCUGUUUCUAAACCAGAGUACAAGUUUCUUGGGAACUCUUAAAGUAGCUACGAAUUACCUGUUAGUAAACUGCAAGCCCCUGCAAUAAUUACACUUAGUGCACAGCCCCAUUGCACCAGAAUUCUGGGCAGUUCACUGUUUACAUCCUAAAGGAUUCACGUGCUGUUUGUUCACACUGUACUUGUGCAACCACAGUCGUCCUUAAUUACCAUUUACACCAGCAUCGCAGGAAUAGCUCUUACAACUCUGCGGGCAUGUUAAACAUGUUGAGUACCCAGGACUUUCUUUUGAAAGUCACGUUCCCGGUUGGAGCAGGAGCAGACCACUGUCUGGCCGGCCACUCCACUCCAUCUUCUCAACACCCCCUGCCCCCCGAGCACAUACGCCAGACUGACAAGGCAGUCCUAUACUUACAAACGAGUUUAGAUUGUCGUGGCAUUCCAUAACUCUCAGUAAUACUUGAGUUUUGUCCAUGCACAUGUUUUAAAAGCUCAGUUUGUAGAAGACACUAGGAGAAUUUCAUUCCGUUUACUGGAUGAUUGCUGCUCUGGCUUUUUAAAACUUGGAAUUAACUUUUAUUUAGAGCAAAGGAAGAAAUCUUUUACGAGGCUAAAUACAUGCUGCUAUUAUUGCUGUGAAAUUGUAUAAAGAUUAGGAUUCCUGCCAGUUCUUUUUUUUAUUUAAAAGAAAAUCAUGUGAUUGCAUUUUAAGGGUUUAUAUUUAGAAAAAAAUAAAGUUUUAAGAACACAUUUAUUUAUAUGUGGAGAUACUCUAUAAGGUUUUCUUUUGUUUCCCCAGAAUUGAUGAGAGGAAUUCAGUCAAUAAAGAUCAUGGUAGCAAUCCUGAAAUGCUGACCUGUGAAAGGUCUGUGGAAACGGAGGUCUCUAGAUUAAACAUGUAGACACAAUGGGAAUAUAGUCACAGUGUUAGGAAACCUGAUAGGACACUUUCUUCUAGCACACAAACAUGUCAGGUGCUACAUACAGGAUUUUGAUCUUUGGUGAGUAUGCAGCAUUAACUUUUUUUUUUUUUUUAACCUUAACCAUCUUUUUGUCAAGUAGGCAAUGCAUUACCCCUCUGAGGUCACACAUGCCCUGUAAGUUCUCACCAGCAGCACGGAGCGUUAGAAAGGAGCCGGUAUGACGAGGUACAGAUGGUGUUAGUAACGGAGAGCCCAGAAGGAGGUGGCUGAAGGAGUCCUGUCCAGUCUUAAUAUUUGUGGAUCUGUUGUCACACACAUUGUUUACUCCUGAACCUAAAUCUAUUUUAUGAAUACUAAGGUUAAUUCCUCAAAGCAAUUACUUUAUUAAUGUCCUAUGGGCUUAGGAAUAUCAGGUGAAUAUUUUGAAUACAGAAGAAUGACCCAAAUUACUGGUAUAAUCGUGAAACACAAACUUUAGGUAAAAUCUAGAGUUGUGUCACUUGAUGUAGAUACAGCCUUAACUUUGGAGUCAGUUCUUUGAGGGACUUUGCCUGUAUCUUUCCCUUUCUGGUCUUGUAGGGUAGAAAGUGCACGGCAAAUCACUGUGAGCCAGGUUACCUCAGCGUAGUUCACCUUGUGUGCGGCUUCACAAGCAGUAAUUAAAUGUUCGAGCUUUGAUACGGAACAUUGUGAUCAAGGAAAUGGAGCUGCCUUUGUGCAUCAAACCCAUAAUUGAAUUCGAUUGGUAUUUUCUUCGCCAUGUCUCCAGAUUGUAUCUUUUUGGCAAAAUUCCAAUGUCCCAGUUUGGUUUGACUGAAACGAAUACGCCCUAGACGUCUGGCCGGAGACUUUGCUGACCGCCCCAGAGGUGCCAUUUUCUUAUUAAUUUCAUCCGAGUCUUACUGCUUAUUGUAUUCAGUUUCCUUUAAAACAUGCAAGUCUCCGGGAUGGUCCCACGGAUAGGGCCUGUACACUUUUAUAAUGGCAGAGCAUUUUUUUUUUAAAGUUAGAGUCAGGUUGAAAAAUUCUAGGACUAUGUAAAGAAGAGGGACCAUUAAUAUGAGUGGAGAUAGAAGACUGGGUGACCACAUGGGAAACAGCAAUAGACACAUAUGGCAUAAAUUUGGAAUGUGCCCUUUGAGUUAAAAACGGAGCCUGCAAAGUCCAAAUACCCGUUCCCAGCCCCGUUUGUCAGUCAUCCAUUCAUUAUGUUGGCCAAGUAUCGUCUGAGCAGUGUGUGUAAGGAAAUAAUAAGGAAAGCAGAAGUAUGUCAGAAAGUUACUUUCCAAAUGGUUAGAGGCAUGUGAUUUUCAGUACUGUGUGUUACGGAAAUGUCAGGAAUGGUAUACUUUAAUGUUGGUGUGCACAGAGGGUCUUUUUUCCUUUUCUGAUUAGUACUGUUAGCGUUCAAAGACUAAAAAUGGUUGUUUCACAGUUUAGAUUCUAAGGUAGCAAAACCUGAUUUUUUCAGCCAUGACCUGCAUGAGAGAAGCAUCCUAGGAAGUCUUAGAUCAUACUUUUGAGUUCUUAACUUUAAUUUAUAUAGUGUUUUUUUUAUGUUUUAAUAUUUUUGUGAACUGGUGUAAAUUGUUAAUGCAUAUAAGCUUGUGUAUUUUUGUAAAUAGUUUUGUGAUUUAUUUCUCGACCCAUAUGUAAAUAUUUAGAGUCUCAUUUCUUCAAAACUUAUUUGAAGCUGAGUUGUGGGUUUGGGGUUUUGUUUGUUUCUUUGUUUUGGUUGGGGGAGGGGGGAGAGAAGAGAUUUUGUACUCCGAUAAUCCAGAUGGAGAUAUCUUGUGGUUGAAAGCAAAUGUCCCACUGAAAGCAAUUCAAAUAUCAACAAAAUUAUUUCAGGUUAAAACAGA